AUCGCUGGCCAAGAUGUCAACAGCUCAAGCAACGAAGAACUGUAUCACGCUCAAAGGCUCAGCCCAAAUAAUUGUCGAAUACUUAAAAUACGGCAUCAAUUCGAUAUUAUUCCAACGUGGUAUUUACCCAGCCGAGAACUUUGAUAGCACGCAACAAUAUGGUUUGACUAUACUAAUGUCCAAGGAUCCGAAGAUCACAACAUUUUUACAGAAUGUUCUGAAGCAAACUGAAGAAUGGCUUUCGAAGAACAUGAUUAACAAAAUUUCAAUGGUCAUUACGAAUGCGCAUACUAAGGAAGUUCUUGAAUGUUGGGACUUUAAGAUGCAAGCGGAAGUUGGAGAUGGCGAUAGCGAUGGCAAGGAUCCCAGCAAGCAGACUUCAUCAAAACAGCUGAGCCGCAUACAAAACGAGAUUAGAGAUGUGAUGCGGCAGAUAUCAGCAACUGUUAGCUAUCUACCUUUGCUCGAUUGCAUUUGCACCUUCGAUGUGAUGAUCCAUACCCUACAGAACACUGAGAUACCUGCACAGUGGGACGAGACUGGCGCUGUAUUUAUACAGAACGCACAGGCGGUGCAGUUGCGUUCGUUCUCCACGGGCUUGCACAAGGUUGACACGGUGGUCAAUUAUAAAAUGAGCUCCUAGUGAUAUGAUAAAUUUGUAAUAUUUAUUUUGUUUCUAUUUACAUAAGUUAAAUCACAUAUUUGCGAAUUAUAUCAAAAGCCAAUUAUGAAA